AUGGCGAAAGAUUCCCAUACAUUGCAAAAAGGUGCUGUCGUUCAGCACACCGCCAAAGCCCAUAACCUGAAAAGUCAACUGCCUGAAGGGAGCAUGGAAUCUUUGGCAACAACCAUUUGUUUCGUCACGCUGAACUACCGAACACUAUCGAGUGAACUCCAACAAGCCGCUCUAUCAAGACUACUGCGAUAUCUCUGUGUGCCUUUUGCUGCACUGCAAGAAACACGCAUGAGAGAUCGGCCCGUCAUCAGCAUCGAAAAUUACACCAUAUACUGCGGCGAUGCUGAUGAGAACAAAAUGCGCCUUUCUACGACUGCGGAUCGCAGAGGACGUAAACUCUGGAUCGUAAUUGCUCACGCACCUACGGGAACCGCUGAGGAGAACAGUAAGGACGUCUUCUAUGAUGAACUCAAUUCGUUGAUGUCUAAAAUACCAAGCCAGCAGCUCGACUACGUUCUGGCGAGGAACAUACCUCAGUCAGAUAUCCGAAAAUCUAGAGCUGUUUUGGAUGUCGCGUUCUACUCUGACCACCGUCCAGUUCUUCUCAGCUUCAAGAUAAGGUUCCACAAGAGAAACCGAGGAGUUCCUCUUCAACCGAAAAUCGACAUGGCAGGUUUGAAAGACGAUGAAUCCAGAACAAAAUUCCGCCAACGUGUGUCUAUUCAUGUUGGAGUACGGACCAGGAAGAAGCUUAGCGAUGCGGAUUCCUUCACAAAAAACAUCCAAGACGCUGCAAGGGAAACGCUCCCUGUUCUACUGCCGCGGAAGAAGUUUGCCUUUGCAUCUGCGGAAACAAAAUCCACGUACAAUUCUGUAUGUGUCGCGUGCAACGCUGGUGACUUCAACCAGGAAAAGCGUCUUAGAAGGAAGCUCCAUCGUCAACUGCAACAGGACCGCAACAACGAGUGGACGUCAAGAGCGAUGGAGUUUGAGAAGGUGUGGAAGGACAGGAACCCGCGGAAAGCCUAUGCUCUACUAAAACAGUAUAGCAGCAAAAUGAAAAGAUGUUCUCCUGUCCUCAACACUGCCAGUGGAGUAGCUAUCGGUGAAGCAACCCUUCCAAUUUGGAGGGAACACUUCAAGACCUUGCUGAACUGGUUAGCGCCGUCAGCUCCUGAACUCGAGCACGUUCAUAGACCAACAUAUGCGGUUAACGAGGAGCCACCGACCUAG